AUGACUAAAAGAGCUUUUACUUUGGACAUGUUGUUUUUUCCUCUGAAUGCUGCCAGCCACCAAGGCUAUGGUGGAAAGCGUCAUUAUACUUCUCAGCAGGUUGCUAAUCACUGUCUGCUGUGGCUCUUGGGACUAGUGUUACACCUCACCCUUUCUACAUGUCAGCGGGUUGACCUGAAACACCCUAUAGUAUCCACAGGCUAUGGAAAGAUACGUGGUAUUAGGAGGGAGCUCAACAAUGAGAUCUUGGGCCCUGUGGAACAGUACUUAGGGGUACCAUAUGCCACCGCACCUAUCGGGGAGCGCCGCUUCCAGCCUCCAGAAGCUCCGGGCUCCUGGCAAGAGAUUCGCAAUGCCACCCAGUUUGCUCCAGUGUGUCCCCAGAAUGUGCAUGGGGUUUUACCUGAGAUCAUGCUACCAGUGUGGUUCACAGACAACCUGGAUGCCGCGGCGACCUAUGUUCAGAACCAGAGUGAGGACUGCCUUUACCUGAACAUCUAUGUACCCACUGAAGAUGGUCCGCUCACAAAAAAACACGAUGAGUCCACAAUGAACAGACCAAGGGAUGAAGAUAUUCGGGAUCGUCGCAAGAAGCCGGUGAUGCUGUUCAUCCACGGAGGCUCCUACAUGGAGGGCUCAGGGAACAUGUUUGACGGCAGCGUCCUUGCCGCCUAUGGAAAUGUCAUCGUGGUCACCAUGAACUAUCGGCUCGGUGUGCUCGGGUUUCUGAGCACAGGGGACCAGUCUGCUAAGGGGAACUAUGGCUUGUUGGACCAGAUCCAGGCCCUGCGCUGGCUCAAUGAAAACAUUGGUCACUUUGGAGGCGACCCAGAGAGAAUCACCAUCUUUGGCUCGGGAGCCGGUGCCGCCUGUGUGAACCUUCUCAUCCUCUCCCACCACUCAGAGGGCCUGUUCCAGAGGGCCAUCGCUCAGAGUGGUUCAGCCAUCUCCAGCUGGGCAGUCAACUACCGGCCUGUGAUGUACACCAAGAUCCUGGCGAAGAAGGUUGGCUGCACUCUGGGGGACAUGGCUGAGCUGGUGGACUGCCUGAGGAGGAAGAGUUUCCGGGAGCUAGUGGACCAAGACAUCCAGCCCGCACGCUACCACAUCGCCUUCGGACCUGUGGUAGACGGGGAUGUGGUGCCCGAUGACCCUGAGAUCCUCAUGCAGCAGGGCGAGUUCCUGAACUACGACAUACUGCUGGGUGUCAACCAGGGAGAGGGCUUGAAAUUUGUUGAUGACAGUGAAGGAGAAGACGGGAUAUCAGCCGCCUCGUUUGACUACACCAUCUCCAACUUUGUGGACAAUCUGUAUGGAUACCCAGAUGGUAAAGAUAUCCUGAGGGAGACCAUAAAGUUCAUGUACACAGACUGGGCUGACAGGGACAACAGCGACAUGCGUAGGAAGACCCUCCUGGCUCUGUUCACGGACCAUCAGUGGGUGGCCCCGGCUGUCGCCACUGCUAAACUGCACGCUGAGUUCCAGUCGCCUGUCUUUUUCUAUACCUUCCACCACCACUGUCAGACCGAGGCGAGGCCAGACUGGGCGGACGCGGCCCACGGAGAUGAGAUCCCCUAUGUGUUUGGGAUCCCCAUGGUGGGAGCCACUGACCUGUUUCCCUGUAACUUCUCCAAGAACGAUGUCAUGCUCAGCGCUGUCGUCAUGACUUACUGGACCAACUUUGCGAAGACGGGGGAUCCAAACCUACCUGUUCCUCAGGACACCACCUUCAUUCACACCAAGCCCAACCGGUUUGAGGAGGUCAUCUGGACCAAGUUCAGCUCCAAAGACAAGCAGUACUUGCAUAUCGGCCUGAAGCCUCGUGUCAGAGACAACUACCGGGCCAACAAGGUGGCCUUCUGGCUGGAGCUGGUGCCACAUCUCCACAGCCUCCACAAACUCAUCCCCAUCACGACUCACCUGCCGCCCGGAAGCACCAACCGCUGGAAGGUCCCCCCCCGCUCCACGCGCCACCCUGUAAUCUCCACCUACCCGCCUGAUCCCGAGCCCGAUGGUUCAGAGAGGCCCCGCUACUCUCCCUUCCCAAGUGAAACUAGGGACUACUCCACCGAGCUGAGUGUGACAGUGGCAGUGGGCGCCUCGCUUCUUUUCCUGAAUGUGCUGGCCUUUGCCGCGCUUUACUACAAACGGGAUAAGCGCCAUGAACUCAUGCAGAGACGUCACCGCCGACUGUCCCCGCAACGCGGCACUACGAUGGGCAUGGGUGUCGGCAUGGGAGUAGUAGGGGCCCCACCGCACAAUGACCUGGCGCUGAGUCAGGAGGAGGAGCUCAUGUCGCUGCAGAUGAAGCAGCAGAGAGUGGAGCUGGAGCACGGCACACCCCUCCCUUCCCGCGGCGUCCACGGUGACCUGGAACCCCUGCGGCCUCCCGUGUGCCCACCUGACUACACGCUGGCCCUGCGCCGGGCGCCGGAGGACGUGCCACUGAUGACAGCCAAUACCAUCACCAUGAUCCCCAGCACCAUCAGCAGCAUGCAGCCCCUCCACCCCUUCAACACUUAUCCCCCCGUCCCGGCCCCCUCCACCACACCUGUCCCCAGCCACAGCAACAAUGCCCUGCCACACCAACACUCCACCACCCGUGUAUAG